UACGGAUUGUUUUAGUUACAUUGUUAAAAGGACUUGGACUUGUUGGUUUAUUGGCUUGUUUUAUCUGGCUAAUACUUCAACUCUAUCGAACACACAAUCAUGAGACAUCCUGCGUUUCUGUAUCCAACGAUGACGUAUUUGUGGGUGUUUGGAUUCACAAUGGAACUGAAGCUGCAAAAAAUUCAACCGAAAGUCACGCAUCAAAUCCCCCAGUCGUACAAGAAAAGUACGUUGCGAGAUUCAGGCAACACGGACGGAGAGACAUUGCCCAGGAUGAGUCAUUGUUCAUUGUCACCAGAUGUGGUACGAUACGAGGCCGAGGGACACAGAGUAGAUUUUAAUUUUAAGAUGAAGAGAGCGUUGUUUCAGUCGUUUAUUUGCGCGUAUUACGUGGGCUUCAUUCCUAUGAGAUUUUCAAAACGUUUUUAUGUGUAUUAUGAUUUGUGGUGGUCAUGUCAACAUGUUGUAUUUAUAUGGAUUGGCUCCCUCAUACUGCUCAUGAAAUACCUGGCUCCCCUAUCCUACUGCGAUACGCUCAGUAAAUGUGCUGUUCAUCUUGGUGGCUGGACUGAAUGUGACGAGGAGGACGACAUACCCGAUAACCCCCGAGAUUGGUCAGCAUUAACAAGCUGGCCUCAGGAUGUCAUCGUGAACUACAAAAAUAAAGGAUUCUUUAGAUCAUUAGGAAUACAAAAUGUCGCCGAUCCGGGGGACACCCAUCAUUGGAGAUUUUACUGUGUGUUUCAAUCGCCAGUACGAUUGACGAAUUGGCUUCUCGUUACGCUAUGCAUUCUAAUCUUCUAUCAACUGGUAAUGCUAUUCAACUCACCUCUAUGGCACGAGGUCGUCUCAUUGGCCUUCCCACUCCUUCUCAAUUACGCCGUUCUUUUCAAGCUGCUUCGUGAUCGCUGGGUUGCCAUGGCAUUGGAACUGAAGCCGACAUGACGUGAGCACCGGUGUUCCUCGUGUCUAACAGACGAGUCAAAUUUAUUUAAAGAUCUUUUUAAAAGGAUAAAUUGAAAAAAAAAAGA